AUGGUUGAUUAUGGUGUUUGUGAUUCUGGAAUUGUUAGAUUGCUUCACUCUAGGCCAUCUUUUUGUAACUUCAAAUCUUGUGAUUUGCUCAAAAUGUUGGAAGAAGUGAAGGGUUUAGUGUUUGACCCUUCAAAAUGCACUUUUGCUGUGGCAUUGUUAGCUAUGAAAGGUGGUAGGAAAAACCUGUGGGAUGAGAAAGUUGAUGUCUUUAAGAAAUGGGGUUGGUCUUAUGAGACUGUUCUUCAAGCAUUUAGGAGGCAGCCUAAUAUGAUGUUGUCAUCUAUUGAUAGGAUUCAUUUGGUCAUGAAUUUUUGGGUCAAUGAGAUGGGUUGGAAUUCAUUUGAUCUAGUUAAAAUGCCAGAAAUAUUUUCAUUUAAUUUUCAGAAAAGGGUUGUUCCAAGGGCUGUAGUUCUGCAAUUUCUUCUUAAGGAAGAUUUGAGAGAUAAGGAUGCAAGCUUAGUUAUGCCAUUUAGCCUGCCAGAGAAGAAGUUUCUGAACAAGUUUGUUCUCUGUUUUGAGGUGGAGAGUGCUUAUCUAUUGAAGCUGUAUGAGGAAAAAAUGAACCUUGCAUCCACCAAGAAGAACAUUGGCAGGCCAUUUGCCAAAUUUGUACCUCACUUGUAA